AUGCCAAACCCAUGGCGGUUCAGAAUGCUGUUUCAAUGUUGGGUGUGCCUGCAAUGUGCUGCGCAGGUGCUACUGGGCGCCGUGCGGGAUCAAGCAACACUGGACAGCCGCAUCGUGCCGUCUAGCCUGAUACAGAAUGCCUCCAUACUGCCCCGUGGAGCAAGCAAGCAAAGAAAGGGUGUCAGUCGUGGUCCUUGUAAAGAGAAAGAGAAUCUCAGAGCAGCUUUGACAAAGAUCGGCUGCCCAACUGAAUAUUUUACCUCAGAAGACCACUGCCGGUGGAAAGGAGUGUUUUGCCACAAGGACUUCUGCGCAAUACGUAAGCUGGUGCUUCCCCGGAGGAGUCUAGCAGGGGACAUGUCUGGUCUGAGUGCCUUGGCACGGCUGCAAGCCCUGGUCUUGACCAACACCAAAGUGGUGGGCAGCCUCAGUAUUCUUGCGAAAUUGACAGAGCUGCAGCGUUUACAACUUUCUGGCACACGAGUGACUGGCGACGUGCGAGCCCUGGAAAACUUGACCAAGCUGGUGAGGCUAGACCUUUCCAAAACAGCGAUUGCAGGGAACCUGCAGUCGCUUGAGAAAUUUCUCAAGAUGAAGGUUCUCCAUAUGGCUGGCACAGAGGUCGGUGGCAAAUUGCAUGCAUUGAGAAAUCUGACAAGAAUACAAGACCUGGAUCUUUCAGGCACCAAGCUGACCGGGGGCCUGCACCCCUUGAGACGACUCAGGCGUUUGCAACGUUUGCUGCUAUCUGGUUCGCAAGUCACGGGCGAUUUCCGAAGUUUAGAGAAUUUGACGGACUUGAGCUUGGUGAAUCUGGCCGAAUCUGCGGUGUCUGGCAAGCUCCAUUCCCUUGCAAAACUUUCGAGCUUGUCUGAGCUUGUUCUUUCCCGCACACACACAAGUGGCAGCCUCCAGGAUCUCGCGAAUUUGACCCAGCUGAAAGAUUUACGAAUGUCUGAAACUAGGGUGGUUGGUGGCUUGGCCUCGUUGGAGGUCAUGUCGGGACUCACAGUGCUCGACUUGGCGGGCACAGUCGGCGUGAACGGUGCUAUUGCCGCCCUGAUAAGGCUUGAGAGUCUGGAAAUUGCAAACCUGGCCUCAACACAAGUCUCUGGACGUUUGACGUCCGAUUGGCGGGGCCAUUUGCGAAAUCUUCGAACGUUGAACCUGGCUGGCAGCCAAGUCCAGUUCCUCCCGAGCGGAAAAGACGUGGAGGACUUGAGAUAUUUGUUCACAGCAGGGAUUAAGGUCAACGCCCUGUUGCCUGCACUGAAGGAGUUGGAUGUCUCGCGUUGCCUGGUGCAUGGCCCUGUUGAGGAUUUGCUUUGGCCACUUGCGGCCUCCCCAUGCCUUGUGAAGUUAGCAGCUGCUGGCAAUAACUUGACUGGACCACUUCCAGACUUUGAAAACAUGCACCUUGUAUCUGUCAACGGUGAUAUCCGCAAACACUAUAAAUCCUUCCUGUCCAGCGUCCUGCAAUCCCUUGACCUGUCCGGGAACCAGCUGGACCGAAUUGAGGGCUUGGUUGCUGGCACUCUCCUGGCGCUGCGUGACAACACGCUGCCUGUGACCUUUGCCGCGGGCGUCCUUCAGCAAGCACUGGACCGGAGCGUUCAUCUGGACCUCACUGGGGUCACCCUUAGCAACUCAGACGAGGCCAUGCUUCUUUUCGCAAAGCAGAGGAUCAAGACCACCAGGCUUGUAGCUACCACCGACAUCGUGAACGGCUUCGCCUGCUUCGACCUUCAGGACAGCGUGCUACAAGUCACGCCUGACCGCUUCCUGCCCCAACUUCUGUGUGGCUGCUCUCCGGGCCACAGCGGGCUUGGCACCUACUGCUUGAAGUGCAGCGCUGGCCGCUACAACCCGAAGUUCAACCAGAGCAUGUGUCUGCCUUGCCCACAGGGAAGCACAUCAUCACCAGGUGCCAGCUCUGCGGAAAGCUGCCAAUGCAAUGCUGGCAGGAUAGCAGCGGAUUCAGAUGAUCCCAGAUGCGCAUGUGAAGCCCACACGGCCUAUUACCAGAAGUCGUGCAUUGAAUGCAGCGAGCUGAAUCUGGACUGCCCUGAUGAAGGAAGCUUGGCAGAGUCGGCGCGGCCGAAGAGCGGAUAUGCGCGGCUAAGCAGCGCCAUUCCGAAUGCAUCCAGGUGCCUGGAUCUCGCCGAAGAGCGCUGCAAGACCUCAGCCAACAGUUCCGAGCUGGGCUGUGCGCAGGGCUAUGAAGGUCCUUUGUGCACUGCGUGCGCCAAUGGAUACCGCAGCAGCGGCCACCGGUGCCGCAGGUGUGCACAGGGUCACACACUGGGAAGAUGGCCGGCCGUGAUGGUGGCUGUCGCUGUGGCAGCUGCAGUCGGUGCGAUCUUUGCUUGGAGAAGGAGAAGCGCUCCGCGGGAAGCCACUGCCUCCACGGCCUCUACGCCCGAAGCAAGAGCAGUGCUGUCCCAGCUUCUGCUGGCUCAGGGGCCCGUGCUCUUGCAGUUGUGUCAGCUCUGGGGCGUCUUGGUGGCUUUGAGUCAGACCACGCAAAGCAGUGGGCCUGCGGCAGAGGGCCAAUGGGAGCAGGAGUACGUGCAGUGGCUUCAGUUGACGGCCGGCGGUCUGCGCGAUGCUCUCAGCAUCGAGUGUGCCUACGGCAGGACGUCUCGAACCGUGUCCGCCCUCGCGGCUCCUUGCAUGCCGCUGCUACUGCUGGGACUGAGCGGUGCCGUCGAAGCUGUGGCCCGUGGCUGUGGUGUAAGCAUGGCGCUGAAAGCCUUGUCUCUGUUCUUCAUUGGGGGCGCCUCUAGCUGCGCGAAGCUCUUGCACUGCCAGCGUCUGGAUGGAGGUGGCGAGCCGCUACAAGACCGGGCUUUCCGAGCCCUGCUGCCGCACAAACUGUGUGCGGAGUCGGACGGCGAAGCUGCUUGGGCCGAUCGUGUUGGAUUUGCUUGCGCUGUGGCAUAUGGAAUCCUGAUUCCGGGCUUUUUGCUGUCGUUGAUACUGAAGCAGCAUCUGGUCCUCGCUCCGAGCAGACGCUUCGUGUUUUUCUCCGAGCCGGAGGGAGAGAAGACCUUGGUGGGAGUACGUGUGCUGAAGCCGCCGGAUGGUGCAGAGACGGCCGAGGAGGAGGAGCUGAGAGCACGACAUCUUUUGGCCUCCGCCGUGGCCUACAGCGCAGUCUUCUUUCAUGGUCGCGUGCGGCUGCAGCUGCAGGCUGACACCAUGACGGUGCAGCGAAUCGAAGACAAGCUUGAGGACGCGGACGGAGCAGAGCUCGACGUGAACAGCCUUCUCUGGACUGCUCUGAAGAACAAAGCAGAUGAAGACCUCGAGCGGUGCCGCGCAAUCGCAAGGAUGUUGACCGAACAAUACAUCCUUGACAAGGCCAAGGCCUCCGACCGAAUCUUGGCCGGUUCCACAGAGCUUUUCUUCAAAUAUGUCGCUUGCAAAGACGUUUGGCUCGAGAUGGCCAUGAAAUUGGUUGCCGUCGCCUUGGUCGCCUCGGUAGCUUCGCAAGAUAACAACAGCCUCAUGCUGGUGCUGGGCAUCACCACCGGAACAGCCAUCUUGCUGGGCACCUUGAAGCCUUACCGACAACGCCAGGUGAACGAUUUGCAGAGCUGUUGCUUCUACUGUUUGGCAGCAUCCGCCCUUGGGUUUGCUCUUGGAAGUGUCUGGCUCCCUCGCUGCACGCUGGCCGCCCCGUUUGCGCUGGCUGCCGCGCAGACGCUGCGCCCAGAUGGGCCCGAAGCACUGGCGCUGCGCAUCUCUGAGGCUGCCAAUGCCCGGUGGUCGGCACUCCAGCAGGGCGAUCCUGUGGACUGUGGCAUGGAGACUCUGAGCGGUAUCUGA